UCGCCGCACAAUUGGGCAGUCUCUACUGAUUUGCAGAAGGAGGACGAGUAUGCGUCAGAAAUCUGUAGUCGUUCUAGCUGUUGUACUCCUGACCAGCUUUAACAUAUUUCUAGUGUCAUCACAGCGAGGACAAACGACGUCGGCUCUUGGAACGUGGGGAUCAUGGUCGGACUGGACAUCCUGCUCAAGAACUUGUGAUGCGGGGGUACAAUCGAGAAUUAGAUCAUGCUUUGCUGUGAGUCAAAAUUGCCUGGGAAAUCCAAAAGAAUUCCGUUCCUGUUCCGGACUUCAGAGGUGCCCCAGUAAUGCGCCUGACUAUAGAUCAGAGCAAUGCAGUCAAUUCAAUAACAACCCUGUCAAUAACAUCAACUAUGAAUGGAUACCCGUCGAUUUAACUCCAAAUAAAUGCAUGUUGAAUUGCAAGGCAAGAGGCUAUCCUUUAGUAAAACAGCUUCCUGCAGUUGUGGAUGGUACUGCCUGCAAAGAUGGUUCAUCUGAUAUAUGCGUUGACGGAAUAUGUAGGCCUGCAGGUUGCAAUGGCAUGCUUGGAUCAAGAGUAAAACUGGACAGGUGUGGUGUCUGUGGGGGAGAUGGCACAUCAUGCGUAGUUUGCAAUGGAACAGUAAUGAGAAGAACAAUGAGGAUGACACACAACAAGUUGUUCACCAUCCCUCGACAUGCUAAAUUGAUUGAAGUCAGAGAGCUAGUUGACACAGCCAAUGUCUUGGCUAUCAGAAGGCAUAGCAAUAAGGUCUAUUAUCUGAACAGCGGUGUUAUGAUUGACCAACCUGGACAGUACGAAAUUUCGGGAACAUUGUUCACCUACAAGUAUUUUGGAAGUGAUGGAUAUGCUGGGACAGAGAUGAUUAAAGCACCGGGUCCUCUCUCCUAUGACACAGAUAUCAUGCUACGCUACCAGACAUUGAAUCUCGGUAUUAGAUACAGCUAUACACUACCCAAAGGUCAAACGUGUACACUCUAUACAUGGCAUCAUAGCAAAACUUUGACUAAAUGUUCUGCAACAUGUGGUGGAGGAAUAUCCUAUCGGCCAGUUGAGUGUGUUAGUAUUGAUACUGGGUCAGUGGUUUCAGAUAGACACUGCAGACGCGAGUCCAAACCACAUGUAGAGCAGCAUACAUGCAAUAACAGACACUGCCCCCCAGACUGGAAGAAUGACACUGACUGGAGUCCAUGCUCCGUGUCAUGUGGGAGAGGUAUACAGACAAGGCGAGUCAUCUGCUCAAUGACCUUCUCUUCUCAAUAUGUCAGCAAAGUAUCAGACCUCAUGUGCACCAAGCUACGGAAGCCUGCUACAAGUCAAGCUUGUGAACUGAUGCCUUGCCGUGGACGAUGGUUGACCGGUGACUGGUCUCGGUGCUCAACACAGUGUGGAGUUGGCAUUCAGACAAGAACUGUCCGAUGCCAAGGGGAUGGUAGUUGUGAUCCUACCUCGAAACCUCCACAACAACAAAGGUGUGAGACUGAGUGCCAGUUUGUCUGGUAUUCUUCACCUUGGAGUGAUUGCUCUGCAACUUGUGAUAAGGGUGUGCAAACGCGAACUGUCAAAUGUUUUGAAAGAAAUGGAGAAGAAGUCGACAACUCAUACUGCAAUGAGACUAACCCACCCAUACGAUCGCAAGAAUGUAGAUCAAAGAAAGAGUGUGAAUUUAGCUGGUUUACAGGACCGUGGAGUGCGUGCUCUGCAUCCUGUAAUACUGGUCGUCAGAUUAGGUUGGUCACAUGCCUCAGCCAAUUAGAUCAAGAAUUGGAAAUCUACCCGUCUCACAACUGCAAAAAACGACCACCACUGUCAUCUCGACCGUGCACACGUCCUGCUUGCCCUUCAGAGUGGUAUGCCACAGAGUGGUCGUGCUGCAAUGCUGGGAAACAAAGCAGAUCUCUCCUAUGUCCACGACCAUUAGGACGAUCUUCCCUUCAGUGUGGUCGCACACCGACAACACAUCAAGACUGCGAUACAGCAGACUGCAAACCUGAUAAUUCAAAUAAUACCAAUAACUUGUAUACCCGUGACAAGAUCCCUCGUAAUGAAGGUGGCGAUGGUGAAGAUGGAAGCAAAGAAGAACCAGACAGACCUUUACAUGGAGAACCCACCCGAUCCAAUGAACAAGAGCCACCAAUAAUGUCAAUAGAGGGAACAGAGCCACCAAUAAUGUCAAUAGAGGGAACAGAGCCACCAAUAAUGUCAAUAGAGGGAACAGAGUCCAGUACUACCACUGAAGCACCAACGACAAUGCCACUGCUAACAAGCAAUGCACCAACUACUCAAGAACCAACACCAACAACAAUUGCUAUUGCAGCAAGAACCAAACCAAUUAUGGAAGUUUGUGGACUUGAAAGAAGUUGGUGCAAAGUCCUCCGAGUAAUGAAAGGCCGUACAUUUUACCACCAUUAUUGCAGCAAACAAACAAUUGCAAAAACCUGUUGUUUGUCGUGCAGAAUGGGAACAUACCGCUAACAAGUAACUGAGUCUCAAUAAUUUUGUAACAGUAUUAUCUUGAAUGGUAAAGGGUAUCUACUGCUAGACUGCAGCUACAUAGUGAACGAAUUCCAAUGUUUAGUGGGGUUUAUCUUGUGACAAAUAUCUCGUGUUUCACACAAGUUGCUAACAUCUGUAUAACCAACAUUUAUGAAUCAAA